GGUUAAUUAGUUUUGGUUAGUAGGGAAUGAGAAGGACUUCCCAUCGAACCCCGACUCGUAGUCAGAAGAUCAAAGAAAGAACAAUACCAAACGAAAGAAAGAAGCUCCUCCUAUCUGUCGCUGUCUGAGAUCUGAGCUUUGCUUUGCCUUUUCUUACUUAAUUUGUUUAUUCAUUCGGAUUUUCAAAAUACUAAUUAAGCUUGUUCAUUCUUCCUUUCACUAUUUUUCACUACCUUAAUUCUUCUUUGUCUUGUUCUUCUUCUUCUUCUCCGGAUUUUCAGAGACAAAUAAGUUUGAUAUCCUUAGCAAUCUUCUCUUUCUACUGAUUACCCACUUCAGUAAAAUGAAUAUCUGCAACUGGGUUUUCUUUGCCCUUCUUUUUUCUGCCUUUGUUUUGGCAAGUGCUGCUGUGGAACAUGGCCGGGCCCAACCGACUGAACGAAUUUCAGGUAGCGCUGGUGAUGUCUUGGAAGAUGAUCCAGUGGGAAGGUUGAAAGUCUUUGUGUAUGAGCUUCCAAGCAAAUACAACAAGAAGAUUCUGCAGAAGGACCCGAGGUGCCUGACCCAUAUGUUUGCUGCUGAGAUCUUUAUGCAUCGGUUUCUCUUAUCUAGCCCUGUUAGAACCCUUAAUCCUGAAGAAGCUGAUUGGUUCUAUACCCCUGUAUACACCACGUGUGACCUGACACCAAAUGGCCUGCCUUUGCCUUUUAAGUCACCUCGGAUGAUGAGGAGUGCAAUCCAGCUUAUAUCUUCAAACUGGCCUUAUUGGAAUCGGACAGAAGGGGCAGAUCACUUUUUUGUUGUGCCUCAUGACUUUGGAGCAUGCUUCCAUUAUCAAGAGGAGAAGGCAAUUGAAAGAGGAAUUCUGCCCUUGCUUCAACAUGCUACCUUGGUUCAGACUUUUGGGCAACGGAAUCAUGUUUGUUUGAAAGAAGGCUCAAUUACCGUUCCUCCUUAUGCUCCCCCACAGAAAAUGCAAGCCCACCUGAUUCCUGAGCAAAUUCCUAGAUCAAUCUUUGUUUAUUUCCGAGGCUUGUUUUAUGAUGUGGGAAAUGAUCCAGAAGGUGGUUAUUAUGCAAGAGGUGCACGAGCAGCAGUGUGGGAGAAUUUCAAGGACAACCCGCUUUUUGAUAUUUCAACAGAGCACCCUACCACAUAUUAUGAGGACAUGCAACGAGCUGUGUUCUGUUUGUGCCCACUCGGCUGGGCUCCUUGGAGCCCUAGAUUGGUCGAAGCAGUGAUUUUUGGCUGCAUUCCUGUAAUCAUAGCGGAUGACAUAGUUCUGCCUUUUGCUGAUGCAAUCCCAUGGGAAGAAAUAGGGGUGUUUGUAGAUGAGAAGGAUGUACCAAACUUGGACACAAUACUCACAUCGAUCCCACUUGAUUUAAUCCUAAGGAAGCAAAGAUUGCUUGCCAACCCUUCAAUGAAGCAAGCAAUGUUAUUCCCACAACCUGCUCAACCCGGAGAUGCAUUCCAUCAAGUUCUGAACGGACUUGCUCGAAAAUUGCCCCAUGACCGGAGCAUUUACUUGAAGCCGGGUGAGAAGAUCUUAAACUGGACUGCAGGUCCAGUAGGUGACCUGAAACCUUGGUAGCAGGUUACCUCAUGUAUCUGGGGUGUGAUAGGAACUCUCUUUCAUUGUAUCCCUUAGUCCUGCCUCCAAACAUUACCAAAAGAUGUUGUUGUUGUAACUGAGGUGCUGACUUUAUGGAAUUGUAAAUGCCGUUUUAGCCAAAAAUGAAUCCAUUUUUACACAUUCCUUUUUACACA